UAUGGAAAUUCAUACAAUAUAUGCUGCAGAAUAUGAGCUGAAUAAAGCAUAUUAAAAAUGCAAAGAAUUUAAAAAAAUUGAACCAAUGACCAAAUAUGGCACCUACAGUUGUUUUUCAAAUAGAAUUCUAGAACAGAAUGUUACCGUGACAACUCUGAUGUCAUCAUUCUGAAGGUAUAAAUUGAGCUGUAGGCACUAAUACCACUUCAAAACAAAUCAGACAUUGACCAUACCACAUCUCAAUAUGAACUGGUGUUUUCUAAACUGUAUUAGGCCGCCAGCGGUACCAAACGACGCUGGGGAAGGUACAGAAAUAAAGGAGGAAAGAAAAAGGAAGGACAAAGGAGGGAAAAAAAAGAAAUGCUGGCUAAAGAAGUUUUUCGCAAAUAAAGGAAAGAAGGCAAUGGAGGAGGAGAGCCAGGCAGUGGUGGUGGAGGAGGAGGAGGAGAGCCAGGCAGUGGUGGUGGAGGAGGAGGAGAGCCAGGCAGUGGUGGUGGAGGAGGAGGAGAGCCAGGCAGUGGUGGUGGAGGAGAGCCAGGUAGUGGUGGUGGAGGAGGAGAGCCAGGCAGUGGUGGUGAUGGAGGAGGAGAGCCAGGCAGUGGUGGUGAUGGAGGAGGAGAGCCAGGCAGUGGUGGUGAUGGAGGAGGAGAGCCAGGCAGUGGUGGUGAUGGGGGAGGAGAGCCAGGCAGUGGUGGUGAUGGGGGAGGAGAGCCAGGCAGUGGUGGUGAUGGAGGAGGAGACCCCGGCAGUGGUGGUGGAGGAGGAGGAGAGCCAGGCAGUGGUGGUGGAGGAGGAGAGCCAUGUGGUGGUGGUGGAGGAGGAGAGCCAGGCAAUGGCGGAGGAGUGCAAGGCAAUGGAGGAGGAGUGCAAGGGAUUUGUGGAGGAGUUCAAGGGAUUGUUGGAGGAGUGCAGGGCAAUGAUGGAGAAGAGAAAGGCAAUGAUGGAGGAGGAGAGCAAGGCAAUGAUGGAGGAGGAGAGCAAGGCAAUGAUGAAGGAGGAGUACAAGGCGAUGGAGGAGGAGUACAAGGCAAUGGAGGAGAAGUGCAAGGGAUUGGAGGAGGAGUACAGGGCAAUGGUGGAGGAGAGCAAGGCAAUGGAGGAGGAGGAGAGCAAGGCUUUGACUUUCACAAUGGAGGAGGAGGAGAGCAAGGCAAUGAUGGAGGAGGAGUACAAGGUAAUGGAGGAGAAGUGCAAGGGAUUAGAGGAGGAGUACAGGGCAAUGGUGGAGGAGAGCAAGGCAAUGGAGGAGGAGGAGAGCAAGACAAUGGCGGAGUACAAGGCAAUGGCGGAGUACAAGGCAAUGGCGGAGGAGUGCAAAGCAAUGGCAGAGAAGUGCAAGGCAAUGGAGGAGGAGUGCAAGGGAUUAGAGGAUGAGUACAAGGCAAUGGAGGAGGACUACAAGGCAAGGGAGAAAAUGAUGCAAGAAGUGUAGUGGAUAAGCCUGAACAUAAAACAUAUAUUGACUAUCAGUACUACUUAAACAUGUAAAUCACUGUAAAUAAAGCAUUAAAAAUGAA